AUGGAGAUCCCUGUGAUAGACAUCAAUGAGCUUGAUGGUGAGAAGAGAAGCAAAACAAUGGCGCUUCUCCACCAGGCCUGUGAGAAAUGGGGCUUCUUUCAGAUUGAGAACCAUGGAAUUGAUAAAGAGUUGAUGGACAAGGUGAAGCAGUUGGUGAAUCAACAUUAUAAAGAGAACAUGAAGAAGAGGUUCUACGACUCGGAAAUAGCAAAGAGCGUGGAGAAUACAGGCAAUACCACUAACAUAGACUGGGAAAGCACCUUUUUCAUUUGGCAUCGUCCAAACUCAAACAUCGAUGAGAUUACCUGCCUCUCGGAGGAUCUUCGCAAAACAAUGGAUGGAUACAUUGAUCAACUGAUCAACUUGGCAGAAAAGCUUUCAGAACUUAUGUGCGAGAAUCUGGGUUUGGAGAAGGGUUAUAUAAGGGAAGCAUUUACAGGAAGCAAAGGUCCUUCGGUGGGGACAAAAGUUGCAAAAUACCCUCAAUGCCAUAACCCUGAACUAGUCAGAGGACUGCGUGAGCACACAGAUGCUGGUGGGAUUAUUCUUUUGCUCCAAGAUGACAAAGUACCUGGUCUCGAAUUCUUCAAUGAUGGGCAAUGGGUAGAGAUUCCACCUUCCAAGAAUAACUCCAUCUUCAUUAACACAGGCGAACAAUUGGAAGUUUUGACCAAUGGAAUGUACAAAAGUGCUUUGCACCGUGUCAUGACAAACAAAAACGGAAGCAGACUCUCCAUUGCCACCUUCUACAAUCCAGCUGGUGAUGCUAUAAUCUCUCCAGCUCCCAAGCUAUUAUAUCCCAAUCACUUCCGUUUUCAAGAUUAUCUGAACCUUUACGCCCAAACCAAGUUUGGAGACAAGGGUACCAGAUUUGAGUCCAUGAAGAAAAUGACCAACGGGCACUAG